AUGAACAUCCUUGUGACCCUGGGACAUGGAAUAGCCAAGAACCGGAUAAAGCAACCCUUUCCGGCUGUGGAGAAGGGAAUAUACAGACAACCGUUACGGAAAGCUGACCCGUUGAGUCAAGCUCAAACGAAAAAAACAAAAGGUAAUCGGGCAGCAGCAGGAGGAAGCGAGCCUUAUUCUGAUGAGCAAUUGAAACUGGUAUCAAAGGGCUCAUUCUUUGAAAGGCGAGCGGUGCAAGACUUUUUAGGCCCUCACCACAAUCAUCGCUUUGCGAGACAUAACGUAGAAGCUGCGUACGAUGUGAGCCGCGCGAAAGCUAACUACGUAGCUCUGAAGCAGCUUAAAAACGCAGAUGAUUCGACUGCUCUUUUAUUCAACAAAUCCCAAAGAUAUGUCGAAGAGAUGAUCCCUUUACUGGUGCGUCUUACACCACCCGAAGUUUCGGCGGGUCAUUCGAAGAGAAUAUUUAGAAAUGAGCAAUUCACAGAAAUUCCUCCCAUACCGAACUUUGCUACUCAGCAGCAUCUCCUGGGGAAUUAUGUGAGCAUAUUGUCGCACACGACUUUUUACUACAAAAGAUCGUCCUCUCUCAAUGGAGUUAUACCCAAAAUAUUGCGUAACAUCAUGCAUCCUUCGAAUAUUAAAACCGCACACUUGAGAAAUACCGAAGUGUUCAACGAUGUAAUCUUUUUCUUCAGUCAGAGGAGCGACUAUGCUUCAUGUCGAGAACUCUUUUCACAAAUGAAGUUGGAAGGGAUCGCACCAAAUACUAAAACUUUCAACCUUCUGCUUCGUAAUGUCCUGAAAAAUUCGCAUAUCAGAAAAUUGAACCACCCUAUCCAAGAUGCAGUAUACUACCUGAAACAAAUGCAGUAUCAUGAAGUGCAGGCAGAUUCGGUCACUUGGGUAACAUGCUACAAUCUGCUGCUGGAGGAUCUUUCACGCGACGUGUUUCUAGAAAAGCUCAUAGAAUGUAAGGUACCAAUCACACCUCAGUUGAUCCUUUCCGUCCUAACCUCAAGCUAUCAAAAUUCUUCACAAAUACUUAGGUUUUUGUCCAGCAGCUUAGUUCCUCUAGAUACUAAACUUUUUAACUUCUGCUUGAAAAGGUUGCUACAAGAAGAGAAAUUUGAUGUUGCGUGGGCAUUCAUCGACCAUGCUCAAACUAACGCUAAAUUCAAAAUAAAUCAUGAAAGCCUUAAUAUCUUCUUAAGGGUCUUCGCUGAAGUUGGACGACUUGACUUGGCUCUGUUGACAUUUAAUUCCAUCACGAGGCGAUAUAAUGUGUCAGCUAAUCUUCACUCAUUUGACAUGCUGCUGAAGGCUCUUGUCAGAAAUGGUUAUACAAAAAAUUUCCCCAUCAUUUUAAAAUACCUGCAAAGAAUACGAGCUGAGUAUACUGAAGGAGUCCAAGUUUACAGUUAUUGGCUGUCAAAAGCGCAAGCAGUGGCAAAAUUCAAUAUUGCUCCUAGCCCUGGUAUCAAAAACUUUGAAAAGGCUAAACAACUUUUGGAGAGCAUUACAUGGGAUACUCAAGGAAUGAGGUGGGAGUGUUGGCAGAGCUGCGGACCUUCAGUUCGUAAAGUUUUUAGAUUCAUGGGGUGCGUCCCAAAUGCCGUUAAAGCGCAGGGCAAGCGUCAGAAUUUUUUUACGGAUAAGAAGGUUGUCCUCAAGAAAGCGGAAUACAAAAACAGAAUUCGGGCACUAGCUGUUCACAGCGCUAUGGCGAAGAGGGUACCAUACGCUGAAGAUCGGUAUUCGGCGUUAAAGGAAGAACUGCACGGAAGGAACAUAUUGCGUUGA